AUGGAGACGAGGGGGGCUGCGGAGACGGCCAGCACCGGUGGUGGCGUGGCGGUGUCGCGCCUGGAGGAGGCGCUGCUCCGCGGAGACCUGUCCGCCCUGCGUGCGCUGGCCCCGGAGGGCGACCUCAGCCGCCUCAUCUUCCCUGACCCCGACCCCAAAGAGGGCGCGCUCGACCCCAACCUGCCCGCCAAGGGAUGGACACCGCUGCAUGUGGCGUGCGAGUGGGGUCAUGGCGACGUUGUGGAGCUCCUGCUCCAGCACGGCGCACACAUCGAUGCCCUCACCGUGCAGAAGCUGCGAAGCGGGGGUCCUGCCUGGUCCGCCCUCGACCUGUCCUUCGAACCCAAGCAGAAGAUCGUCCCCACCACCAAGGCGGUGCAGUGCCUGGUGCGGGUGGACGCCUCCGUCUGGACGGGGGAUGGCGUGGGCAACCUCUCCACGGUCGCCAUCAACAGCGGGAAGGUGCUGAAGAGCGUGGCCACCAGCUCCGAGAGGGAGGCCCGCGUGUACGGCCUGCUCCUGGCCGAAGAUCGCGUGUGGAGCUUCCACGACGACAACGUGAUCCGCAUAUGGAGCAAGAAAAAGCUGAAGGAGGCGCGGCAGCUGGUGGGGCACCGCGAGCUGGUGCGCACGAUGCACCUCAUCCGCCGCUCCACGUCGCAGCCGCCGCAGGUGUGGUCCGCCGACAUCUCCGGCACCGUCAUCGUCUGGGACGCCCUCAAACUGCGACGAGAGGAGGAGAUCGUGAUGAAGCAGGGGAGCCCCAUAUUUUCGAUGUGCCAGGUGCACGGCUCGGUGUGGAUGGGCGGCGAAACCGACAUCUUCACCCUCCACUUCCAAACCAUGAAGCGGAGGGAGUGGAAGGCGCACGAUCGCCCCAUCAACGACCUCCUCUACCACGCCGGACGCGUGUGGUCAGCCGGCAACGACUGCAAACUCAAACUAUGGAAGGUGUCGGAGGGAGACGGCGAAGAGCCGGAGGUGGUGCGGGUGGUGGAAGUGGGGGAGGGCGUGUCCAUUCUGUGCCUCAAGCGCAUCGCCUGCGGGUUCGGGCGUACCUUGGUGGUGGGCGGCUGCACCGACGGCUCCAUCCUUGUCUGGGACCACGACGGCAACCAGGUGCACAAGUUCGGGACGCAGCAGGGCGCCGUGCGCUGCCUUCUGUGGCUCUCCGACGAACAGUACGCGUCCCUCCCUCCCUAUGCUUUGGCGUUGUAG